AUGUCAACGGAGGCUGUCACACAUGCUGUCCCUCCUGUUGAAGUCGAGUCGUCUUCAGUGAACACUGAUACCAUGACCAUUGAAACCGAGGUAGUGCCAUCGCCACCUUGCAGCAGCCUAACACCAGCUGCUAGUACUUCACAAAUGUGCCCACAAGUCUCUUCUGAACGUGAUGAAAUCACAAGCAAGCUACUCAAUAUCAUGGUGACCGCGAACAUAUCACAAGCAGCCGCUAACAGAAUCUUGGAGGUAUUCCGUGCGAAAUUGCCUCAACUACCGACAGGUGUUCGAAGUGUCCUCAGAAUGUGUGGCUCUUGA